AUGAAAGGAAACAUGGAAAACCACACCAAGAUAACUGAGUUCAUGCUAGUUGGGUUCAAAUCUCAUCCAGGAUCGCAACUGCUUCUUUCGUUUCUCUUCUCAAUAAUGUAUGUUGUCACUGUGGUAGGAAAUGGCUGCAUGAUUCUCAUCAUUAGAACAGACUCCAACCUGCACACUCCCAUGUACUUUUUCCUACAGAACUUGUCCAUCUUGGACAUCUGCUAUUCCUCUGUCAUCACUCCCAAAGCAGCACUGACCUUCUCACUCGGUAGAGGACUCAUUUCCUACAAUGGCUGUGCAUCUCAAAUGUUCUUCUUCUCUCUCUUUGGCACAACGGAAGCCUUCUUCCUCGCUGUGAUGGCUUAUGAUCGCUUCUGUGCCAUUUGCUCUCCACUGCUGUACACAAUCAUUAUGAAUAAAAGGCUUUGCAUUUUCAUGGUGAUGGGCUCUUAUCUGUCAGGCUGCAUCAACUGCACCAUUCAGACAGGCUUUACAUUCAGUUUGUCCUUUUGUGGGCACCAAGAAAUAAACCACUUCUUCUGUGAUGUUCCUGCAGUGAUGCAUGCCUCCUGCUCAAACGUGUUUGUCAAUGAAAUAGUCAUGCUGGCUCUGUGUGGAUCAAUUAUUGUGGGCACUGCCUUGGUGGUUUUUAUCUCCUAUGGUUAUAUUAUCCUCAUUAUUAUCCAAAUGCCUUCAGCUGAGAGCAGGCGCAAGGCCUUCUCCACUUGCUCUUCUCACAUGCUGGCCGUCAGCUUGUUUUUUGGGUCUGCUUUCUUCAUGUAUGCUCAACCUGGGGUCACAUCUUCACCUGACAAAAACAACACCAUCUCUGUCCUCUAUACUAUUGUCAUCCCCAUGCUAAACCCUUUCAUCUACGCCCUCCGAAACCAGGAGGUGAAAGGAUCUCUGAAAAAACAGUUCAAAGGGAAAGGCUUCUUUUAG